AUGCAGCCGACGUGCCCAUCACUUCCUCCCAUUCCAGAGACCAUGGACUGGGAGAAGUUCCGUGCAGAAGGGCAUCGCGUGAUUGAGUUUAUUGCUGACUACCAUCGCGCGCUCAAGAACCGAGAGAUGCCGGCCUCUCCUGGAGUGCAACCUGGAUUCCUGAGGAAGGGCAUCAACGACAAGGCGGCUCCGCAGACGUCGUCGCAGGACUUUGCCAGCGUCCUCGACGAUAUUCAGGCUCACAUCAUCCCCGGCAUGACCCACUGGCAGCACCCCGAUUUCUACGCCUGGUUCCCGGCGCAGGUGUCACCAGCGGCGAUUCUCGGCGACCUCGUGGCCAACGGUUUUAACCAGCCCGGCUUCAACUGGAUGAGCAGCCCCGCGGCAACCGAACUCGAGACUAUCGUAAUGGACUGGAUGGCCCGCGCCUUUGGCAUGCCAGAGGCAAUGACGUGGGGGGGCACCGGCGGCGGUGUGCUGCAGCCAACGGCCACAGAGGCGGCUGUGGUGGCGCUUCUGGCGGCGAAGAACAGGGCGCUGGAGAAGUGCACCACAAACGAAGAACAGUGCAUUGCCUCAGGUAAACUUGUCUGCUAUGUGAGCGAUCAGGCGCACGUUUGCGUGGAAAAGGCGACCCGAAUCCUGUCCUUGUGGCACGUGCGCAGGAUAGCGACCCGGCGUGAGGCGGGUGGUAACUGCCCGAUGCACGGCGACGACCUUCGCGUAGCUGUGGAGGCGGAUAUAGCAGCGGGUCUUACCCCCUGCGCCGUGUCCAUGAACUACGGCACCACCGGUAUCUGCUCUACGGACGAUUUCGAGGGGAUCGCAAAGGUUUGCCAAGACUACUCCAUCUGGCUGAACCUCGACGCCGCCUAUGCUGGGGCCACGGCAGUGUGCCCUGAGAUGCGUGAGCCGCUGGCUCCAGCGUUUGAGCACGCGGACUCAAUUUUCAUCAACGGAUCCAAAUGGCUCAGUCUUAUGAUGGGUACCACCUUUUUCUUCUUCCGCGAGCGCAAGUACAUUGUUUCGUCGUUGAACGCCACCGGCGUCUACCUCACAAACAAGUACACAGACACCAACAGGGUGGUGGACUUCAAAGAUUACCAUCUGGGCUUUGGUCGGCCCUUUCGCGCCAUGAAGGUAUACGUAACCUUGCGGUAUAUGGGGUUAGAGGGGAUUCAGGCCACGAUCCGCCGUCAUUGCGCUCUCGCCAAGUACUUUCACGACCUGUUGGCUGCUCGCCUUGGCGACCUUGUCGAGUUUCCUGUCGAGCCCAAGUUCGGACUCGUCUGCUUCCGAAUCGCCGUGGACAAUGCGGCAAACAAACGAAACUACGCUCUGCUUAAAGUGACUGAAGAAGAGCGUCGUGUCAUGAUUGUGCACCACUACGUGGACGGUCAUGUCAUCGUGCGUGUAGCCCUAGCCUACCCAGGGCUGAUGACGAAGGACAUGGAGGACCUUGCCGACUAUCUCUCUGAGAAGGUGAAAGAGACGAUCGCCAAGAUACCAGUGUGA